GAUUGUAAGCAGAAACGAAUGGAUUUAAGAAACCAUUCCAGUCCAUGAUCCAUUACCGCCACCUUGUAAUUGCACUACUUUCAGGUGAAAAACGACGAUAUACAACCCGUUUCACCUUUCUCUCAUCAUCAGCCAUCGCCGCCCAUUCACAAUGGACCCAAUAUCAAUCAACCAAUCGCACCCAUUCCGAUAUUCUUUACCUUUCUUCUUCUGCUCAGUCCAUUCAACAGACCAAAGAACUCCAUGCUGCAUCUCUUCUGAAUGGUUUUCUUCCCUUCAACUUCUCCAUAGCCGCCUCUUUGAUUCUCAGUUACGCCAGAUACGGAGACACAAUCUCUGCCCGGACUAUCUUUGAAAGCACCGUCCUUUAUUGCCGCACCGCCUUCCUAUGGAACACUCUAAUGAAAGCUUAUGGAAUAUCUGGACAUUGCUGUGGUUUCAAGGUUUAUAAUGAGAUGAUAUUGAGUGGAAUUAGACCUGAUGAUCAUACGUUUCCUUUUGUUCUUAAGUUGUGUUCUGAUAAUUCCCAGAUCAGGAAAGGUCUUGAGGUUCAUUGUUCUUCGUUGAAGCUUGGAUUAUAUUUAGAUGUGUUUGUGGGUAAUACCCUCUUGCAAUUUUAUGGAAGUUAUGGUGAUUUGAGGUCUGCACAUAUGGUGUUUGAUGAAAUGCUUGAUAGGGAUAUUGUAUCUUGGAAUACAGGGAUUGGGAUACUUUCAUUCAAUGGUUGUUAUGAAGAAGCAGUUGAUAUGUUUUGGAAGAUGGUAUCGGGGUCUGGAUUGUUACCAAAUGUUGCCACUAUUGUGACCAUCUUACCUGUUUCUGCUUCUCUGAAAGAUGAGAUAUUGACUAGUGAGAUUCAUGGUUAUGUAUUGAAGCUAGGUUUGGAUUGUCAAGCGACUGUAGGGAAUGCUUUAAUUGAUUCGUAUGGAAAAUGUGGCAAUUUGAACUGUUUGGAACGCAUUUUUAAUGAAAUGGUUGAGAAGACUCAGGUUUCUUGGAAUGCUGCUAUAACAAGCUUUGCUUAUUGGAAAAAUGGUAAAGCUGCUUUGUUUAUGUUGAGAUCAAUGAUUGAUGCAGGUAUUAGACCAAAUGCCAUUACUGUUUCCAGCAUUUUACCUGUUAUGAUCGAGCUUGAUUUCCUCAUACUGGGAAAGGAACUCCAUGCUUUCAUCUUAAAGUUAAAUCUAGAUUCUGAUAUAUUUGUUGUCAAUUCAUUGAUUGAUAUCUACGCAAAACUAGGUCAUUCAUCUCGAGCAUCCAAUGUGUUUCAUUACUCGAAUUCAAGAAAUGUUGUUUAUUGGAAUGCCAUGAUCGCUAAUUUCGCCUUGAACGGCCCUCAGGCAACUGCGGUUAGUCUUGUUAGUCAAAUGCAAGAUCAAGGUGAGGAUCCCAACUCUAUCACCUUAAUCAAUGUUCUUCCAGCUUGUGCGGAGCUAGGUUACUUAGGGAUAGGAAAAGAAAUUCACGCCUGGUCGAUCCGAUUAGGAUGGAUGGAUGACUUGUUUGUUUCAAAUGCAAUUAUAGAUAUGUAUGCAAAAUGUCAGUCUCUAGACUAUGCGAGAAGGGUAUUUGAUAAUAAUUUGAUCAAGGACGAGGUUUCCUAUAACAUACUCAUCCUAGGUUAUUCGUCGACGAUUGACUGCUUAACUUCUCUUAGUCUCUUCACCGAAAUGGGUCUUGUGGGGAUGACCUACGAUGCAGUCUCGUUUAUCGGAGUUCUCUCGGCUUGUGCGAAUCUUGCUGUUAUCAAACACGGGAAGGAGGUUCACUGUUUUCUUAUAAAACACAAUUUCCACAAUCAUGUUUUCAUUUGUAACUCACUUUUGGAUCUUUAUAGCAAAACAGGUCGAAUCGAUCUUGCUCAAACAGUUUUCGACCGAAUGACUGUAAGAAAUGUGGCUUCAUGGAACAUAAUGGUUUUAGGAUACGGGAUGUUUGGAUAUUUGGAAACUGCUAUUGAUCUUUUCGAAUCAAUGAGGGAUGACAGUAAUCAUGGUAUGCGAUAUGAUUCUGUUUCUUACGUUACAAUCUUGUCGGUUUGUAGUCAUGGAGGAUUGGUUGAAAAGGGAAGGGGAUAUUUCGAUGAACUUUGUAGUUCUGAUAUUCCAGUUGAGCAAAUGCAUUAUGCUUGUAUGGUAGAUAUUCUUGGUAGAGCUGGACUUCUUGAGGAGGCUAGAGAGCUUAUACUGAAGUUGCAUAUUGAACCGGAUCUGAAUGUAUGGGGUGCUUUACUUGGAGCAUGUAGAGUUUAUGGUAACUUAGAAAUGGGAUGUUGGGUAGCUGAAAACAUGGUUAAACUAAGGCCAAAUCAUAGCGGUUAUUAUGUUCUUCUUUCGAAUAUGUAUGCAGAGGCGGAAAGGUGGGAUGAGGCGAAUAGGGUUAGACGGUUGAUGAAGUUACAUGUUAAGCAGAAAAACGCAGGAUGUAGCCGGAUUCAAGUUUCUGAGCAGGUAUAAACUUAAUGAUAUGACAAAGAAAUUGGCGAUGAAUGUUCAAAUAAUGUGUCACACUAAGUAAGUUAAGAUACACCUCUUCAAUUGUAUUUUUAUUCAAUCCUAUAGAAUUAGAAUUGGUUUAUUUCAGUUUUGGAUGAAAAAUGUGACAAAAAUGGAGUUUCUAAAUGCAGGUCAUUGUUACAUCCAAAAUCCUAUAAAGCUAGCCUGCUGUAUAACAUUCUUGGUUGAUAUAAAAUGAAAUUAUAUGUAUAUGGUGAUUGCUUGAGUUGAUGAUAAUA